CGCCCCCAAAAAACCCCCACCUUUCUCUUAUCCCCUCUAUCCGCCGCUCGCCGGCCAUCUCCCUCCCCCACCACCACCACCACCGCCGCCUCCUCUCCGGCGAGAUGCUGACCUGCGGCCGCUUCCUCUCCUCCUCCGCCGCCGCCUCCACCCCCUCCCUCUCCCCCUUCCGGAACCUAACCCUCUCCCUCCUCCGCCGUCCCCAUCUCCGCCUCCUCUCCUCCUCCGCCACCGCCUCCGCCGCCGCCGCCGCCGUCGAGCCCGACACCAAGGGUGGCGCGGGUGGCGGCGCCGCGAAGCCGCAGUGGAAGGCGGCGAUAGACUUCAAGUGGAUCCGGGAGAACACGGACGCCGUCGCCGCCAACAUCCGCGACCGCAACUCCGCCGCCAACCUCGACCUCGUCCUCCAGCUCUACGACGAGUACCUCGCCUUGCAGAAGGAAGUUGAACGGCUCCGAGCUGAAAGAAAUGCAGUUGCUAAUAAGAUGAAAGGGAAAUUAGAACCAUCUGUGCGUCAAGCCCUUGUUGAAGAAGGCAAGAACCUGAAAGAAGGGCUUAUUGCCCUAGAAGAGGACCUUGUUCAGCUGACUGAUAAGCUUCAACUAGAAGCACAAAGCAUUCCUAACACCACACAUCCAGAUGCUCCUGUAGGGGGUGAGGAAAGUUCUGUCGUCAGAAAAGAGGUUGGUAGUCAGAGAAACUUCAAUUUCACCAUUAGAGAUCACCUUCAGCUGGGAAAAGAACUUGAUUUGUUUGAUUUUGAUGCAGCUGCUGAGGUUAGUGGCUCGAAGUUCUACUACUUAAAGAAUGAAGCUGUUCUGUUGGAGAUGGCCCUUGUUAAUUGGGCCAUCACUGAGGUCUCAAAGAAAGGUUUCACACCACUAAUAACUCCGGAGAUUGUAAGGUCAUCUGUUGUUGAGAAAUGUGGCUUCCAGCCAAGGGCCCAAAAUACUCAGGUUUAUUCGAUCGAUAACAGUGAUCAGUGCCUCAUAGGAACUGCAGAGAUUCCUGUUGGCGGCAUCCAUAUGGACUCUAUACUCCCUGAUUCUGAUUUGCCUCGAAAAUAUGUAGCCUAUUCACAUUGUUUUCGCACAGAAGCUGGUGCCGCAGGUGCUGCCACUAGGGGCCUCUACCGUGUACAUCAGUUUAGCAAGGUUGAGAUGUUUGUAUUUUGCCGGCCAGAGGAGAGCGACAAGUGCCAUGAAGAACUUAUCACUAUUGAAGAGGAACUUUAUGCAUCACUUGGACUUCAUUUCAAAACUUUGGAUAUGGCGACUGGGGAUCUGGGAGCACCGGCCUACAGAAAGUUUGACAUUGAGGCAUGGAUGCCAGGCCUAGAUAGGUACGGUGAGAUCUCGAGCGCGUCAAACUGCACAGACUAUCAGAGCAGGCGGCUGGGCAUCCGGUUUCGCCCAUCACCUGCAGAUCCUCCACCGGCGAACGCCAAGAAAGGAAAGGGCAGCUCAGGCCCAACACAGUUUGUCCACACGCUCAACGCGACAGCGGUUGCUGUUCCUCGCUUGAUCAUAUGCAUCCUGGAGAACUUUCAGCAAGAAGAUGGAACGGUUGUGAUCCCAGAGCCACUGAGGCCCUUCAUGGGCGGACUUGAAGUGCUCUCCCCGAAAACCAAAUGAUCAGCUUGAAGGUCACCACGUUUACUUCGAAUCUUGUUUUUUUUAUAGAUUUACAGUCUUUUUUUCCCCCGAGGAUAUUGGCAAGUGAAUGUGCAGAAUUUCAAAGAAAUCUGUGGUCGAUUCCAAAUGUUCCAUGCGAAAUUCGUGGCUGUUAGUUGGCCACCGAUUGUCGAUUGUUGUUUUGGCAACAUAUCCAGGUUAACUAUUUCCUCCUUGUCAAAAUAUAGCAAACUUGGAAUGGAUAUAUAGUCCAAUGAUUAUGGACAAGGGGCUAGCCAGAUUCUUUGGACUAGUAUGCUUUCCAUCAGUUUUAAUAGUUUGCUAUAUUUUGGGAUGGAGGGAGUAGUUGAACAAACUCAGUAUUACACUUGUAGUUAACUGGUAACUCCACAUAUGCCCAUUGUAUUGGAUAUCCCUUGCGAAAUAUUUCCUCCGUCCCAAAGUAUAUGGUUUUUAGGUGGAUGAGACAUCUUAAUACUAUGAAUCUGAACAGAUUUAGUACUAGGAUGUAUUUCAUUCACCCAAAAUAUGUUAUACUUUGGGAUGGUGGGAGUAUUUGUCCACGGGAGAACUAUACCGGAGUAGUUUGUGCUAGAACAAUAGUACUAGUGCUUUGUCAGUUUAA